UCAAGGAUACACCACCGAGCUACUCGUUGUUGAAGAAGGGGUUAUUGUUUCGUCGAGGGUAAGAAUACUGUAUAAUACACGUCAUUAUAUCGAUGCGAUUGUUUGUCGUAUUUUUGUUGUUGUUGUUUGUUGAUUUUCCCAUCGUUCUAACGAUCGAGCUGUCAUUAUAGCUUCCAAGCUUUUUAUUUACUCGAUACAACUUAGCGAUGGAAUUGCCAAUUUUAGAGGACAUCUGGAAGAGCCAAUCCUCGAAGAUGCAGCACCAGUUCUGGCUGACGAAGCAGGCCCUGUCGCGCAAAUUCGGCCGCAAGGAGGACGAGUGCAUCGUCGCCUCGGACGCCGAGCUCGACGCCAAGCUCGAGCUCUUCCGGAACAUACAGUCGUCCUGCGCCCUGCUCCAGCGGAUCAUCGACAGAUAUCAAGAGGCCAUAUGUUGUAAGCUUUCUACAUUGUAUAUAGCGCGCGCGAACGAUAUCGAUAAAAAAAUCAUCACCAACAACAACAACAACAAAUAUUCGACAGAUCUGUCGCAAGAGACGAGCGCCAUGGGCCGCUUCCUCAAGGAGAACAGCGCCGACGACAAGAGUCGGGCCGGCGAGGUGAUGCUCGCCGUAGCCAAGGCGCUGAUCUAUUGCGCCCAGCAGCAGCUGACCCUUCACGAGCCCCUCGUGCGCUUCCACCAGGAGCUCGAGACGUUCCGCCAGCGGGCCAUCGGCGACACCCACCAGAACGUCCUCGCCAUGGAGAAGGCGCGCACCGAGUAUCGCGCCAGCCUGUCCUGGAUGAAGGCCGUGUCCCAGCAGCUCGACCCGGCCUCGAGCAAGCAGCUCGACAAGUUCAAGCGCGUCCAGGACCAGGUGCGCCGCGGCAAGCUCAACUUCGACAAGCUCGGCCUGGACUGUCUGCAGAAGGUCGAUCUGCUGGCCGCCGCGAGAUGCAACAUGCUCAAUCACACGCUGACGUUCUAUCAGAACAGGUACAUAGCCUACGGGAGCAAGUCGGCCAAGGCGUACUCGACCACGCUGAAGAACAUCGAGAACAUAAGGAGCAGGCAGGCCGACAGCGAGUGGAGGAGGAUCGAGAAACUCGUCACGGAUCGGACGCGGGGUGCCGCUAAAAGCAACGGCGACAAGAGCAAGGAGAAAGCAAAAGCCAAGACGCCGACGACGAGCGAAGAUCAGCCACAGUCGGAGAACGGUUCCUCGUCGCUGAUCGGCGAUCUAACGUCCGCGCCGGAAAAUACCAUUCAAACGGAUCGGUUGAUCGCCGUCGAAGAAAGCGUGCCGAGUACGAGCGACGACGCUACCGCCGGUGCUUCGUCCUCCAUCGGCGAUCUCCAGGGUCUGAACGUCAACGCAACCGCCACAGCGGCGAAUCCUGUCUACUACGACGAGCUGCAGCAGGCCCUCAUGUCCGAGUGCAAGAGCAUACUGCAGGACAUGCAGCAGCAGCAGCAGCAGCAACAGAGCAACACCGCCAGCGACGACGGAUCGAAAUUCGAUUGGCUCACCGACGACAAGGACAGCUUCAUGCCGAUGGAGCUGCUGAAGCAGAGUUUGAAGAGCGCCACCACGUCCUCGUCCUCGCCCGAUGCGGCCAAGAGUCAAGGCAAAGAUCUGCUCGGUGAUAGCAAAGGAGAUGUAGCAGCAGCUAAAGCGAAAAAAGGUACAAGCGCCAAGUCCUGGAUGAACUUGUUCGAGGACUUGGAUCCUCUGUCCAAUAACGCCGCCGAGAAGGCCAGCAAAAACGAGAGCUUUCUCGCUUGAAUUUUAGUUGCGCUCUUUUAUAAAGUAUUAUUAUAAACAAAUUAUAUAA